AUCAGUCAGUCGCGAGAAUUCGAGUCAACAUGCCAGGACAUCCCUACUACGGUUACGGCGCAUACCCGCCGCCGCCACCGCCGGGUAGUUACCCGCCGCCGCCUGCGCACGGGCAACCCAUGUACCCGGGGAUCGGCGUGGCCUUCUACCCGGUCCAUCCCGCCUACUUCUACCCCCCCUAUCCCCCUAAUCCCGCCUCAAUCGAACCGGUCCAAGUGGUGGACAGUCCAGAGGAAGCGGUGCCAGAACUCCCGGGCGAAACGGUUGAGCUGCCGUGGAGCACAUACCGUUGGGUCCCCGCUUGCCUCAGCCAGCGCAGCAUUCCCCCCGGUGCGCUGCGCGUGGGCACCGAUCAAGACGGAGAUGAGAUCUACGCGGGCAGAGCGCACCACGCCGGGGACGUGCUCCCAGCUAAAGUCAUCCCUUCGAAGAACGCCUGUUACAUCUCCUUCGAAGGAGAGGAGAUUCUAGUCGAUCAGUUUGAGGUGUUGGUGCCAGCUAUGUUCUCAUGGCAGUUCUCCACCAACGGGGAGGUCCCCCCCGGCGCGGUGGAGGCAGGGGUCACGUCCAGUGGGGAGAAGCUGUACUUCGGACGGGUCACGCACGACGGGUGCACUACCCCCGGCAAGAUUCACCCAAGCCAUGGUACCUGCUACUACCCCUUCGACGGAGAAGAGAGGAGUUCCAACGAGUACGAGGCCCUCGUGCUCAUGUGAGCGCCCUCUCACUCCCACUCGCGCGUCACUUUGAAUUUUCUGAAACAAGAAUUAUGAAUUGAUACUCAACCAAUUCGUGAUGAAUUGACGUAUCUGCAAUUUUUGGCGAAAGUAACUGACACAAAUCACUUUAGGAAAAAAUUACAGAUAAGUCAAUUAGCAAAGUCAGCCACGAAUUGUCCGAUCCGUUGUAUUGUAAUCCGCAUAAAGCGCUUUGUAUUCUCUGUCCUUAUCAGAGUUAGUUCAUCUUGGAUUCUUCAAAACUAAAGUGAAUAGGCAUUUACUAGGUAAGCGUCCCCACCAUAAGCUAAACCUUUACUUAUCACCAAGCGAAAUUGUGGUAAAGCAUCCCUACAUAUAUCUAGGUAAUUAAAAAGAAAUCUACAACUAAUAUAAUCUAAAAAUGUCUAAGAAAAUAAAAUUUAUAUUUAAAAGAAAUGACUGCUUAGUAAAAAAAAAACAGAUAUUUUUGUAAGUGUAAAUAAGUUUUAGAUUAAAAAAGCAGCCAUUAUAGACUUUGAUAUCCUUGGCAAGAAUGUAAAGUGACGAAAGAGUUUAAAACUUAGGUUAUAAUAAAUAUUAUAAUAUUUAAGUAUGUAGUACAAUAAAAAGGCAUUUUGCAAUACGUAACAUGUCUUGCCGGAACAACCUUAUAAUACGUAUGUCGUCGUUAGCGAUAUUAUUAGCGAUAAUAAGAUAGUCAAUUGAUACCACAGUACUAGUGAAUCUUGUAACCUUUUAUGUGAUUGGUUGUUAAGUAUGGUGAACACCUUGUGGUGGCGCCACUAUCGUUUUCCCGCCACAUGGGGACAGAGUCGACGGCAGACACGACUUUUUCCCACACUUUCAUUUUGACGAGCGCCGAGUAAAGACUACUACCACCUGCCGUCGAACCUGUCACGUUCACUAUACCCUGCGAACCCUUAUUGUAACCCGGAUUGGACCAAUAUAACUUCUGAUUCUGCAAACCUCGCUUGCUUUCACUGGAUACCCCGACUCACCUGCAACAUGGACAACCUACCACGAGACCUGGGAGAGGAGCCGCCUAUCGUACCGCCCGACCGCCCGCCGACACGUACUAUAAUUAAUAACAAAAUGUGAUUUUUUACUACAGUUUAUUGAAUGCUGAUGUUGCUUCUGAAUAGGUUUGUUAAAAUAAUAUUAAAUAAAUUAUACCUAUUUCAAU